AUGGGUUGUCUCACCAUAUACGUAGCUUGGCUUGUGCUUGCGUUUAUGUCCUAUGAAGGAUUGGCUGCGGCCAAUUUACAACAUAUACAAGAAUUACUUGAAACUAUUCGACACGCUGCAGAUGCUUGGAAGCUCCUUAAAGAUCUUCCCCCAACUCUUGCUGAAAGUUUUUCAUCUAUAAUUUCGAAACACGGUACAAAAAAUACAGAGAAAAGUUCGUAUGAUUUCGUCGUGGAUUUAACUCGUCCUACAGAUAUAUAUGGUGCUCUAAAAGCAUAUCCAUUAUCAUUUCCUAUAGGAAAACAGUCUUAUGAUAAUAAAACAAAAGACUCUUAUAGUCGAUUUAUUAUCAAUGUGGUUGGUCGAUACAACGUUGGUAAAACGUAUGUUUUACGUCUUUUAGCUAAUAUUAAUCUCGGACAUUCAUUCACUGAAAGAACAAAUGGCAUCAGUGUAUCAUUACCACCGCUAAACAAGACAAACAAUGUACCGAUGGCACUGAUUGAUACAGCUGGUAGUCGCACACCAGUUGAAUAUAGUUCGAAAACAUUUCACAGACUAUCCUACGAAAAGCAACUGUCCGAUUCAUUUGUACAAGAAAUAGCAUUUAAUUCAGCUGAAAUAUUCGUACUCGUAGUUAAUCAAUUAACAUUAGAUGACGAACUAUAUUUGAAAACAUUAAAUAAGCGCUUACAAGAAAAAGGUUAUAGAGAUAAUGACAUAAAACAAAGAUUAUUGAUAUUGCAUAAUUAUUUUAAUUUGAAAGCAAUUGAAGAAGUUGAACGAGUCGAAACUGCUGAACUAAAAAACGUAUUUAAUGCUGUAAAACAACCGCAAGGAUAUUGGCUUAGUGAAUAUUUUAAGCAUUUUGUACUUGCCGACAGUAAUAGUAAAGCUGGUAAGCAUUACAAUCAGAAAUCUAUUGCAGAAAUCCUCAAAAUGAUCCAGGGUGCACCAGCUGCAAAAGAGAAAGAUGUACUCACACGAAUAAUAAAAGAAAUUGAGCAACUAUUAAAUAAAUUUUUAAUAGAAAAAUCGCCAUCGAUAUCUAAGCAGCAAGAACCAAAUAACGAAACGGCCGUUGGAUAUGUUGCAGCUAAAAUAGAACUGGACUAUAAUAAACAACAUAAAAUUCAAUUAACAGAUAAAAGACAGAUUAAUGUCAGUUUAGAAAUUAAAGAAUUAGUUUUGGAUAAAUUACAUUCAUGGUAUUUUAUUUGUUCACGGGAACCGUUAAGAAACGAUGUCAUCUUAUCGAAGAAUUUAAAAUUUAACGAAGAUGGUUCUAUUUAUAUUGACUAUUCAUCUCAGUUCAUACCUGAUAUGCAGGUUGCCAUUAUUAAUCAAGAUGAAGAUGUUGGCAUCAAAAUAGAAUGUCCUUCGUGCUCAUCAAAUUUCACAGUGCGCGUUCGGCAGGGUUCAAUUAUUGUGCAAGCUGAAAAAAUAUCAGAUAUGACAUUGAAAGACUAUGUUAAUACAAGGCGUACUGGAAAAUUCGAAGUGCAAAUUCCUAUUAGCAAGUUAGACGAAGAUAAAGUAUACGAUUUUCCAUCCUUGAAGAAAGAAUUUUCCAACGGUGUCAUUAUUAUAACUAUACCCAAGCUUCGAGAUGAAUUUUAA